CAUGUGUUUGGUAAGUUCGAAGCAUAGAGUUAGGGUUCGAAGUCCAACAUCGACGCUGUGAAGUGGAAGCCCGUAACAUUAAACAAUAUGAUUUAUUUUACUUAAUUACUUUAAAUUCAGUCGUAUUAUAUAUCGUAAAGAUAUAGCCGUCGUUAAAUAUGGCUAGAUUUAGACAAGUGGAACCAGAUGACGCUGACCUCCGCAUGGUCGAAACAGUCUUGGAAAUUGCACAUGCAGAAUCUAAUGGGCGAGAUGUAAAAAUUGGACUUCUUGGUUUAGAUGAGCACAACAAUAUCUGUUACCUGCAGGGGGGUUAUGAUUAUGAUGAUGGCAGACCAAACGAUGAUGUCCCUACGAGUUUGUACUGUGGAGUUUCCAAAGAGUUCUUGGCCAAAAAACUGUCGACCAGGCCUCCAGUUAGGCGGCAAAAGAAACCCGAAACCACAGUGCUCUCCACCACCACAUAUUCAGCUGAAACUCAUUUUAAACUAUUAGAAGAAGAGGAGAAGAGCAAGGAGAGAUCUGAGAAAAAGCGGCUUAGAAAAUUGAGACAAAGGGAGAGGCGACGUCUAGAGAAAUCGGAUAAACUAAAACUUAACACAGAGCAUUUGUUAGAGGAUAAUAAUGAUAACACGCAGUGUAAGGUGGCGGAGAGUAAAGGUGUACUUAAGAAAUCUAAAGGGGCCACUGUUAUAGAAGCACAAGAAAAAACAGCUGCAUCUAGUAAACCAGCUGAAUCUAGUAAACCAGCUGCAUCCAGUCAACCAGCUGCAUCCAGUCAACCAGCUGCAUCCAGUCAACCAGCUGCAUCCAGUCGACCAGCUGCAUCCAGUCAACCAGCUGCAUCCAGUCAACCAGCUGCAUCCAGUCAACCAGCUGCAUCCAGUCAACCAGCUGCAUCCAGUCAACCAGCUGUAUCCAGUCAACCAGCUGCAUCCAGUAAUUCUGACAACAGUGGCAGCAGCAGGGAAGAGGAUUCCAGUGAGGAUGAGGAAGAUGUUAAAAAGAGCUUGUCUGGGCAAUGCGAGCAAGAGCUGGACCUCACCAGCUGUUUUAUAUCCAAAGCUGUUGACAUAGCCAAGCGUAAAUUUGAACUCAAGCCUAAGCCAGAGAAUAAGACGGAGAAGAAGAUUCCAGCUCCGGUCAGCCAACCGAAAACAAAGCCAAAUGAAGAAAAGAAUGAAGUAAAACAGAAUUUGCCUUUUCCAAAGUCUGAAGAUUUACAGAAAAUUAGUACAGAGCUUGCCGUAAUGGGAAACAAGUUUGCAAGCAAUGGCCGUUUUGAUGUGGCUGUGAAGUAUUUUACUGAUGCAAUUAAGUAUAACCCCAAAGAAUAUAGGUUGUUUGGCAACCGUUCCUUCUGCUUCGAGAAGAUGCAGGAGUAUGAGAGGGCGGUGACUGAUGCUGAGUUGUCCCUCAACUUGUGUCCUGGCUGGGUCAAGGGCCUUUACAGGAAGGGAAGAGCUUUGGCCGGUCUGCAGAGAUAUGAUGAGGCUGCCCAGGCCUUUAAGGAGGUCCUACAGUUAGACAGCUCCUGUGUAGAUGCUGCCCAGGAGCUCAUGAGGGUUCAGAUAAUACAGCUAAUGGAGUUUGGCUACUCUCGAGAGCAGAGCUCAAAUGCCUUAAUUAUUCAUGGCACAGUGAAGAAAGCUCUUGAGGCGCUGUCAAACAUUUCUGGUGCCUCGUUUAUUACUAAUGGGGUCUACCCGAAUACUGCUGCCUCUCCCCCAUCAUGGUUCCAGGCCCCAACCCCAACCAAUCCCCAGAUCCAGCCCCCAACCAAAGCACAGACCCAACAGCUAAAUAGUGCAGUCAAACCCAGGCAGGAAAUGCCUCAAGCACAACUCGAACUAUUUCCUGUUUGGGUUGGGAACCUGGGCCAAACGGUUACAGAAUCCAUCUUGAAAUACUUAUUCAGCAUUGCUGGAGAUGUUCACAGUGUAAAGCAGCUGCGUAGCAGACGAUGUGCCUUUGUCAAUUUCACCAGCAAGAGCCACUGUGAUGUUGCCGUCCAAAAGUUACAUGGCCAUGAACUCCAUGGCACCAGGGUGACUGUUCGCUACCCAGACAGAAUCCCCACACACAUGGGCAUGUCCAAGGCGGCUCGGCAGGCUGUGGACCUGCCAGAAAACUGCCAGAGCAGUUCCAAGGAGUGCUUCUUCUGGAGGAACAUGGGCUGCAGCAGGAGACCGGUCUGCCCCUACAAACACAUCCUGGAACACAAGGGCAUCGACAGGCGCAAGACCAGCACCACCGAAGAAGAAACAGGAGAAAGGCACUAGAACCACAGCCUGCUGCCGUAAAAAAAAAAAAAAAAAAACGUUUUCCAGAUUUCCACUCAAUUGUCAAUGUUGCUUGAUGGUGGGAAUCCAUUUUUUUUAUGUUGAUGAAAUCAAAGAUGUUUUAAGCGAGUAUUGGACAUUUCUUUGCAUAUCUGCUUAGGCAAGGUUCAGGUGCUGCUGUAACAUGAUCAUUAAUGUGCCAACUCUAGCUACUACAUCAGCAAUCAUUGUAAAGUUACAUUUAUUCAAACAAAUGCAACCAUGCUUUUAAUUCUGAUUUUAAAUAAUCACUGCUACCAUUCCAGGUAUUGAAAUACUAAAUUAUGUCAGUGUUUUUACUCUUUAUAAUGGGAAUACAUUUUAAAAAGUGUCCUCUU